AUGGCAAUCUCUUCUGGCCACGUAGUGGCAUCAACUGAUAUUUCUGAUUCUUCGGCACACGGUAGUGCACUCCCCGGUAACGAGGUGGCACCUCCGAAUUUCUUUCGCGCUAACCAUUUUGAUGAUUUCUUUCGUGACAUCCAUCUUAAUAAUUUCUUUCGCGCUAUCCAAUCGGAAUCGCUUGUACAAAUGCGGUAUCGCCUGGCCGAUUCGGAGUUGUUUGCUACAGUUGCUUUCAAAGAGACAGAUGCUAUUCGAAGGAGGUUUUCAAGGACGCCUACCAAUCGAGGUCUUUUCGAUAAUAGAAUGUUGGAAGAAUACAUUCUGCUAUGCUGUCAAGACGAAGCCGGUGGUUUCCGUGAUAAGCCUGACAAGGCACGAUAUCACACCUGUUAUGUUCUCGGAAUACAGUUCGCGGAAUAA